AUGCGAGUGUUUUUGAUACCGUUAUUUUUAUUGCUUCGGCUCGGCAAAUCCAACGAACAAACGGAAGAAAACGAAGAAUUGAGUGAAUUACCUGUAAUCCACACGGCUUUUGUUCAAACCGGCAGUGAACUUCACUAUUUUUCGGAGAGUUCAUCCCAUGAGGCACUUCUUUUUUCGGGAGGGCAGCUGAAGGGCUCUUCGAAAACGUGGGAAGCUACUGAUGAGGACAGUCCCCUUGUUUUCGAUCCACCGAUUCUCGACUUUGGAGACCAAUCGAUUGGUUUACCGACUUUUCGACGCGUUCGCGUUAAGUCAAGAAGGAAAGAAAAUGUUAAACUCGUCUCGAUCAUGGCCUCGUCACUCAAUUUUCACACAACAUUUUUUGACAAAGAAAAGCUGGCUUCACCUGACGAGGACGCGUGGAUGGAUGUAGCGUUUUUAGCGAGAGAAGAAGGACGAGUGGCUGGGCAAUUGCUUGUGCAUGUUCACGAUGGAACAGUGCAUUAUCAGCUUCUUGGCACUGGAGCAUAUAAUCCUUAUCGUUUACGUCCAUUUAUUGGUACAAGAUUGCCGAUCAAUGGAACAAUUACAAGACCUUUGAUAGUUCACAAUCCACAUGAGCAUACUUUUAAAAUCACUGAAGUUGAAUCAUCAGGAGGAGAUGUUCAUGUUGAAUUGGCACCAAAAAGUGAGAACGCGGUUCUUGGGGCAGAACCAGCUGAUCAAAUGGAGCUGCGUCCUUUCGAGACACGACAAAUCGGAAAUUUGUACGUGGUUGGUGGAAGCGAAAUGAACACGACGAUUUUCGUUCGUGUUGCUGGGCAUCUCAUUGCUUCAUCACCGAUUCCCAAAGAGUUUUAUGUGACUUUCCCCAUUGAAGUCACGAAGAAGUCCUCAAUUUUCCCAAGUACCGAAUAUCUCGACUUUGGCCUCAUCCGUCAUGGAGAUCGCUCAAAACCGCUUAAUUUCUCGAUCUACUCGUCAUUAGCUAGAGCAAUUGAUUUUGAGCAAUUAUAUAUCGAUAAAGGAGAUGGCAAUCUAGCCUACAUGGAAUACAUCACAACGCCACCGAUUCGAGUUCCACCCACAAAACCAUGGACACUACCAAUUCCUACACCAUUGGUGAAAGUUUGGUUUGAAUCAUCGAGAGUGACAAUGGAGAAAAAAGGACCGAUUUUAAAGACACCCCUUGGCCGAAUCAUUGCCAUCUCUCGUGGUGGCAAUUUCAACACCACCAUUCCAUUUAUGGCUAAAGUCUAUCAAGGUGAGCUACUAGUACACGAGAAUGACCUUUGUUUCCAUGAUUCUCUCCGACCGCCUUUCAAAAGAGGGGUUCGCCUCGUGAAUGCUUUACCUUUUGGUGUGGCCGUUUGGAAUGUCAGUCUUCCUGAAGAUCUCAGACCAUACAUGACGAUACGACUUUUUCACCGAAUCACAACGAUCGCUCCUGGUGAAUCGGGAUCCGUUUUCUUGCUUAAAUAUAACAAAAGGGCUCCAGUGGGAUUCAAAUCACAAGUGAUUGUUCAAACAAAUGUCACCGAUUAUUCUCUCCCAUUGACUUUUUAUCAUGGAAAAGUUGAGGUUGAAUUGUACACAGAAGAUCAGAAAACUUUCGACUUUGGUUUUUUGGAAAAGAAUGAUUCAAGAUCGAUUCGAUUUGAAAUUCGUAAUUCGAAUCCGGCGACGGUUUGGUUGAGAAAUAUGCGAGUGCCUCAAAUGGAUUAUAUGAAAUUGUAUAAAGUGGGCGCAAGAGAAAACAAUGAGACAAUUGUCGUCUACGAGAAGGGAAUUGUUCAAUAUGGUAUUGAUGUAGCUGUGGCACCGAAUUCGACAACGAUCUUUGAUUUGAUCCUUCGCUUGCCUCCGGAUGCAUCUGAAGAUAAAGAAUCAAAAGAUGAAUUCACAUUUUCGGUGGAAACAGACUAUGAAAGCCGACAUUUUCCUAUAAGUUAUCAAAUCUCUCGAGGCAGUCUACUUGCGAUUCCAGAAGAGCUCGAUUUCGGGAAAACCCAUCCAGGAAAACUCGCCUAUCGUUCCUUAAAAGUGUUCAACGCAUUUGAUAUGGAUAUGACGGUGACAAGACUGAGCUCUCUCGAAAAAGAUGUUCAAUUGCAUUUUGACCCACUCGACUCAGCAAAGCCACAAGUUCUUCGAUCUGGUCGAGUAACAGAUCUUGGCCGUGUCCUACUCCAUCCAUCACUCGAUUGCCCAUUAAGCGAUUGUUAUCUAGGCAUGCCAUUACACACUGCAGAUGGUCAAUGGUUUGUUCAUGGACUGAAUUUGCCGAAUAAUCUUGCUCAAGUCGAUAACUAUCUCUACAGAAGAGUGCGAGGAAAAUUUGAUAAAAUCGUGAAAGAGAAUCGGCAUCAAAUCAACGCUACAGUGACUAUUGACACAACACAUGCUAAGAAUAUACAGGUACCUGUGAAAGGAGAAUUUGUGUGGCCUCGUCUCCUCACUCGAAGCUCCAUUCAUUUUCCAUUGACUGCACUUGGAAACUUUACUAUUGUCAAUCUCACCUUGCAAAAUCCGUCUUCAGUGCCCGUCGUUGUGCAAGUGAUUCCAUUGGUGAUCUAUCCCGAUGCGGACACUCUUGUCAAUCUUUUCAGAGACAUUCUAUUGACACCACUUACUAGUCAAAUUGAAAUGAAUGAAACGCUAAUGUUUUCCUUGCGAGACACUGAGCUGUUCACUUUGAAACCCGACUCACCCGUGCCCCAGUUAAGAGAAGAGCUUGAGAAAUCGCUGAAAAUGACAGUUCCAAGAUUUACGUUAUCAAUGCUUCUCAAGCCACAUAUGAAAGUCAGAAUUCGAUUGGGAUUUUUGCCUUCAGAUUAUCAACUUCGAUCAACUCUUCUCUUGAUUCGUAACAACUUGACGGUGAUUGAACCAGUGACUGUUUAUGGACGAGGCGCAAGAAUUGGGAUGCAAGUUGGUGGAAUCGAGUCUCGUUCAAGAGUUCCACUCCUUUUCGAGAUCAGACACGAUCAUCUCACCGAUUGCAGCAAUCCGAAACGAUUGAUGCAUCAAUUGACGUCGACUCUAACUGUCAGAAGACCGUUUUUAGUGCAAAAUACUGGAGAGGUACCAUUCAGUGUGGUGAACAUGAGUAUCAGCGGGGUUUCAUGCGAGAAUCGCGGUUUCCGCAUCUUGAAUUGUGCUCCUUUCCGCCUUGCCCCAAACGAUACAUAUGAAAUUCAUGUUGCUUUCACACCGGAUUUUCUCUCACACGUAAACGAGGCGGAUCUCCAGUUGUACAUGCACAUGAAUGGCAGUGCUUGGGUCUAUCACAUUGCGGCCACUGUACCACAAGAUAUGAUGGCAAAAUGUCACAUGGCUCUCCCCAGGCCGCCAUUCGAGAAUCUCAUGUACUACAGCUGUGCCACUGUUUUGGCCUUCACUUUUGUUUGUGUGAUUGCUUGUGCCUAUUUGGAAGGAGAUCGAGCAGUGACCUGUUCGAUCAAAGAGAUUUACAGUAAUAUUCGACCGGUUUUCGAUCUCAACAACCUCACGCAAAUAAAGGACGAAGUACCGAAAUCGCCAAGUAAACGACCAGACAUUGGCACAAAACCAAGCACCGUGCAUGCAAGAGAAGGAGAUGGAGCACUCGCGAAAUUCUUCUACUCAACAGCAAACACCGUAAUCACCGUUGUUCAUCGUUUGUGGAGCCUUACAUUGCUCAUUCGAUCCACUGAAGACGCUCAAAGACCUCCAAAUCCACCAAAACGGAGAGGCCCCGUACAGGCUAGAUGGAGAGAACAGCGAUUGAAGAAAAAAGAAGCCGAACAAUUGACAAAAACAGGGAAAAAGAUACAACCAGUCGCCCCGAUUCCUAACACUCAACUACAACGAGAAACAAACAAGAUAACAGCUAAACCAUCCGUUUCUCCGAAAGCUUCUGCAUCCACGAAUGGGAAAAAGAAGAAAGAAGUUGAUCAAAAAGAAAAGGAACAAAGAUUGGAGAGAAAGAUGCAAUUACUUGAUGCUGAUCAUUCGGUAAAGGAAUCUUUGCUAAUUUCAACGAAACGACCGAACUCUCGAAGGCAAUCCGAUGCAGAUGACAAUCAGAGCAGCAAAUCAUCAACGAGCAUUAAUACUUCAAUCAGUGCACCACGCUCACAAAAAUCAUCAAAAGCCACUGCAGCUGUGCUACCACAAAUGGCAAAUACGAAUGAAAGAAAACUAUCUGAAGAGAUGGAUUAUCAAAGACCAAGUCCACAGAUCCAGGGAUCUUUACUCCGAGAGCCGUCAAUUAGCCCAGAAAGAUCUCAGAGAAGCUUUUCUCCCGAAACAUCUCAUCGUUUCACUCGAAAUUCUUCCCCGUCAGCAUUAUCCGAAACGUCGGAUCUUCCCGAGUGGAAUGACGAGAACGUGGAAGCAUUUGGUGCUAACAUUGAUGACGAGCUAACUGAAUUGGCGCUGGCCUCUGAAGCGCUCUUCUUGAAUCAGGACAGCGAUUCUGGUAGGGAACAAUCAAUGCUCACUAGCACAACCGAGAACACGGAUUCGACAAAUAAUGACAAGAAGAAAACCCAACGCGGUCAAAGGGGCGGACGGCGAAGAUCAAAAGGAGAACAGAGAAGAGACAGCGAAUCAUCUUCACAUGAACCAUUCAACAAAUCACAAGCCUCUUCCUCAUCGGGAAGCGCUUCGCAGGGAAAACCAUCUCAAUUCAUUCAAGAAUUGACUAAAGAACGACGACAAAAAGAAGAACAAUAUGUGAAAGCCACUCUGACAACUCAUCCACCACCCCCUCAACCGCCAACCGCUUUGGGUGAUUGGCCAAUGCCUCAACUUCCUGAAUUCAAUUUACUGCGCCCAGAAGAGCUCAAUGUGAUCAUAAAUGGCCCAGAAAUGGUUGGAAGAGGAGGAAGGCAAUGGCCACUUGCACCGAUGCCAAACGAUUUGAGUGGUUUCUCGGGUCUCGGUCAAUCAUCUUCUUCCAUGUAUCCAUUCUCACAACCGGAUCGGGUUUAUCCCCAUCCAAACUCAGCUAUAAAUCCCACAAAUAUGAAUCUGAAUCUCGGCCUGGAUUUGGGCUUUUCGUUAUUUUCUGAUUCUAACAUGUGGUCAACUGAUGUUAAGGUCGAUCCAGAACAAGCUUGGGCUGGCUUUACUCAACAACCACAACAAGAGAAAGAAGAUCACGAUGAAAAUACAAAA